AUGUCGGACGAAGAGCACCACUUCGAGUCCAGUGACGCCGGAGCUUCCAAGACCUACCCUCAGCAGGCCGGUAACAUCCGUAAAGGUGGUCACAUCGUUAUCAAGGGCCGUCCCUGCAAGGUUGUUGAGGUUUCGACUUCGAAGACUGGCAAGCACGGUCACGCAAAGUGUCACUUUGUUGCCAUUGAUAUCUUCACUGCUAAGAAGCUCGAGGAUAUUGUUCCCUCUUCCCACAAUUGUGAUGUGCCCCAUGUGAACCGUGUUGAUUACCAGUUGAUUGAUAUCUCUGAGGAUGGCUUUGUUAGCCUUUUGACCGACAGUGGUGGCACCAAGGAUGAUCUCAAGCUUCCCACCGAUGACAGUCUCGCUGCUCUGAUGAAGAGUGGAUUCGAGGAGGGAAAGGAUGUUGUGGUCUCUGUCAUGUCUUCAAUGGGAGAGGAGCAGAUCUGUGCCGUCAAGGAAGUUGGUGGUGGCAAGUAA